CCCCACCGCCCGCGCAGCUGAUGCUGCUGCUGCUGCUGCUCGCGUUGGAGGCUCGCGGGGGUUGCGCUGCGCCCGCGCCCCGCGCGGAGGACCUCAGCCUGGGAGUGGAGUGGCUGAGCAGGUUUGGCUAUCUGCCCCGCUCAGACCCCACCACUGGGCAGCUACAGACCCAAGAGGAGCUGUCGAAGGCCAUCACCGCCAUGCAGCAGUUCGGGGGCCUAGAGGCCACUGGCGUGCUGGACGAGGCCACCCUGGCGCUGAUGAAGACUCCGCGCUGCUCUCUCCCCGACCUCCCUGCCACAGCCGCUGUUCGACAGAGGCGCCAGGCUCCCACCCCGACCAAGUGGAACAAGAGGAACCUGUCCUGGAGGGUGCGGACGUUCCCUCGGGACUCGGCCCUGGGUCGCGACACGGUGCGGGCGCUCAUGUACUACGCCCUCAAGGUCUGGAGCGACAUCGCGCCGCUCAACUUCCACGAGGUGGCCGGCAGUGCGGCCGACAUCCAGAUCGACUUCUCCAGGGCCGACCACGACGACGGUUACCCCUUCGACGGUCCCGGCGGCACCGUGGCCCACGCCUUCCUCCCUGGCGACCACCAGGCCGCGGGGGACGCCCACUUCGACGACGACGAGGCGUGGACCUUCCGCUCCUCGGAUGCCCACGGGAUGGACCUCUUCGCAGUAGCCGUCCACGAGUUCGGCCAUGCCAUUGGGCUGAGUCACGUCGGUGCCGCCCAGUCCAUCAUGCGGCCGUACUACCAGGGCCCAGUGGGCGACCCGCUGCGCUACGGGCUGCCCUAUGAGGACCGAGUGCGCGUCUGGCAGCUGUACGGUGUGAGGGAAUCUGUGUCCCCCACCGGACCCCCAGAGCCCGAUUCACCGCCUCCCCUGCCAGACCCACCUGACAACCGGUCUAGUGCCCCGCCCUGGAAGGACGUGCCUCACAGGUGCAGCGCGCACUUCGACGCGGUGGCCCAAAUCCGCGGGGAAGCCUUCUUCUUCAAAGGCAAGUACUUCUGGCGGCUGACCCGGGACCGGCACCUGGUGUCGCUGCGGCCGGCGCAGGUGCACCGCUUCUGGCGGGGGCUGCCGCUGCACCUGGACAGCGUGGACGCCGUAUACGAGCGCACCAGCGACCACAAGAUCGUCUUCUUCAAAGGAGACAGAUACUGGGUGUUUAAGGACAAUAACGUAGAGGAAGGAUACCCACGGCCCAUCUCCGACUUCAGCCUUCCGCCGGGCGGCGUGGAUGCCGCCUUCUCCUGGGCCCACAAUGACAAGACUUAUUUCUUUAAGGACCAACUGCACUGGCGCUAUGAUGACCACACGCGGCGCAUGGAUCCCGGCUACCCUGCCCAGAGCCCCCCGUGGAGGGGCGUCCCGAGCCCGCUUGACGAUGCCAUGCGCUGGUCUGACGGUGCCUCCUACUUCUUCCGUGGCAAGGACUACUGGAAGGUGCUGGACAGCGACCUGGAGGUGGCGCCUGGGUACCCGCAGUCCACGGCCCGAGACUGGCUGGUCUGUGGGGACUUGCAGGCCGGGCACCACGACGGUGCUGGCUCGGACCAUGAGGACAGGGCUCAGGCCCAGCCGGGCCAGCACGACCAGAGCCGCUCUGAGGGUGGAUACGAGGUCUGCUCCUGCACCUCCCUGGCCUCCCCGCUCCCCAGGGCCCCAGGCACGCUGGUGGUCACCAUGCUGCUGCUUCUCCUGCUGCUGCUGCCUCCACCGCCAAACUUACCGUGGACAGCGGCCCAGGCCCAAGCACUAUGACAGCCGGCCUGGCCUGAAGGAGGAAGAGAGGGCCACCUGGAACACAGAGAGCUGGGACAGAGCCCCCACCCACCAGGACCUGAAGCAGGAGCUCCUAGACAGCAGCCCGUCGUGUGCAGUCCAGAAGCUAGCCGUGCAGAUAAGGCUGGGCAGUUACCAGCCCAUGAUCCAGGCCCACUGCAGCCUCCCAGGGCUGGGAAGAGGCCCACAGAGGGCGCCGUUGCUCCAUCAGGGCUGAUCUGGGUACGGACCUGUGGAUGAUGCAAGGUGGGAGGGCAGGGAGCUGUCCUCUAAGGCAGGGAGUGACUGGAUCACAGGGACCUUGGCUGAUGCAUGAGGAGCUGUCUGCCCUGGGUCACAGAACAAGGCUGAGGGACAUUAAAUCACACCACGGCUGCCACUGGCCUUCCACGGACUCACCCCCACCUGAGAAGAAGCCGGGGCUGGGCAGGUGGCCCCCCUCCCACACUGGUGUGGCCGUCCCGCCCAUUUAUGCACACUGCCACCCCUGGUUCUCCCAUCGCUGGCCACGUUGCGGGGCUUCUGGCCCCAGGGGGCUGCUGGCCACCAUGCCUCAGGGCAACCCCACCACCACCACCACGACCACCGAUGGGCCCCUGGCUGGGCCACAGCCAUCUCCCCUUGUGACAUGUUCGGACAAACACGACCUCCUGCUUUGUGCGGGCUCUUGA